UCGUACGUGCGUUUCUCGAAACUUAGUUGGUCAAGGAACGAUUGAGCCCUUAUGCUAUAGUAUAUGCUGAUGAUUUCGAUUGAGUGCUUACUGUUUCCCUUGUUCAUCUAUCUAAUGUAGCUGUGAUUAAUUUGGUCGUAGCCGAUCCAAGGUUUUUUUACCGAAGAAACUGAUCAUCUUUUUUUCGAUCUUAAAAAGAGAGGGCGAGAGUAGAGUGAGUGAGAGUGACGUGUGUUAUCCGUAAAUGAGGUGACCAAAAUUCACUUGCGCUUCGCUCGCGUGUUCAAUGUCCUCAUGAUCAGUGGGAGUCUAUCGUUGGUCCUGAUGUUGUUGUUGUUGUUGUUGUUCUUCCAGAAGUUCGUGUGCCGACCUCCAGCUACUAGGUGAUUGCAGUAGUGCCGAAAGCGGUGUAUACUAUGCGCCGUCGGCUCCUGUGCAACAGCAACAGACGGCCUGUUACCAGGAAAGCUAUCAUCAGCAGGACUAUGUGUUUAAUUACUACGAGCAGGAAUCAUCUCGAGGAUACACCCCAUCGUCAGAUUAUGCAUUUAACACAAAUGGCGGAACAGCAAGUACGAAUAACGAUGGAGGAGGCAUGGCCAUGCACCGAUUGCCAUUUGUUGCCACUGACGAGUUUCGGUUUGUGGCCGGUGACACCGAGUACUUUGACGUCCACCUCGACAAUCAUCCAGCCGCAACGACCGCUGAUGAACUGCCGCUCAUCCACCAGCAAAGCGAUUUGCCACCCUCAUACGAUAAUACGUCUCUAUACGUCGACCCGUUACCGACCUUCGCCGAGCGUUCAACGGCUGCAUCCGUCAUUUGCGAGUCAACUACCUCCUUUGACAACCAAAUUACCCCGAUCACCAGUGAGUCCAGCUACCACCCCGAGCCGAUGGUUCCCACCUGUUUGGGAGCCAGUGGAGGCGUAUGCAGUAACAGCUGCACAGUCUGCGGUCGUUUCUGCGCACGUUCAUCGACGCUCAAAACGCACCUGCGGGUGCAUUCUGGCGAAAGGCCUUAUGCAUGUAGGCAGUGCCUUAAACGCUUCUCGCAAGCUGCCAAUUUAACGGCGCACAUGCGUAUUCACUCGGGUGAAAAGCCUUUCUUAUGCCCGGUAUGCCACCGGAAGUUUUCGCAAAGCUCAUCGGUGACCACGCACAUGCGAACCCAUUCCGGUGAGCGACCAUACGCCUGCUCACUGUGUAAGAAAAGCUUCUCAGAUAGCUCGACGCUGACGAAACAUUUUCGAACGCAUAGCGGAGAGCGGCCGUACCAGUGCAGGGUGUGCUUUAUGCGCUUCUCGCAGUCGGGCAACCUCAAUCGGCACAUGAAGAUUCACGGUCAAAAAAGUAGCACCUGAAAACCCAGUAUUUUACGGUUGGGUCAAUACAUGUAUCUAAUUACAGAGUGCGAGCGAAUCUAAAGAACAAAAAAUAGACAUCUGGAGCUUGACGGGAUGUCACCACGUCCACGUAACCUGUGUCACAGUGGAACUGCUCUCUCGGAUGAGCAUGGGGAAAUUACUGAAGUGAUCCUAUUAUCAUAUUUCGUCGUUCAUUUUGUCACGAAUCAAAUGCGUGUACAUCCGUAGGGAUAGAUGUUGUAUGUUGAGCUUUGGUUAAGCCGGACGGCAGCUGCGCUCAGUCUCUUUCUCAACUUCGAAAAGCGACUCGUAUCGGAUCGUCUAUUCUCACGGAUAUGCCCGAGUCUAGA